GUAUCGAUUGUAUAUCCGAAUUAUUAUUAUUAUGAUUGUUUUGGCCAUGGCAAAAAUCGGCGAUUUUUUAAAAAUUUUUUUUAAAUUAAAUUAAAUUUUUUUUAACAAUUAAUUAAACAAUAUGAAUCCAACGAAUACAAAUAGAGUGCGAUCAUCAUGUUCAAAAUGUGGAUAUCCCGGACAUUUUGCCUAUCAAUGUCGUAAUUUUUUUCGUGUAAAUCCAACUGAAGAUAUUGUUUUGGAUGUUAGUUCAACAAGUUCAUUAGAUUCGGAUGAAGGUGAUAAUUUAAAACCAUUUGCUACUGGUGAUAGCAAUAGGUUUGAUCCGUUUAAAAAAUCAAAAUUAAAAUCAAAAAAACUUCGUAAAAAGCUUAAAAAGAAGAAUAAAUCCAAACAUAAAUCAAAACGUUUCAAUGAUGAUGAUGAUGAUGAUGAUGAUGAUGACGAAAAGCGAAAAAAAUCUAAAAAAUUAAAAAAGAAAUCAACAAAACAUCGUAAAUAUUCGAAUGAUGAUAGUACAUCAUCAUCGGAAAAUAGUGAUGAUUCGGAUUCAUCAUCAUCAUUAACUGGUCAUGGACGUAAACGUUUAAAAUCGAAAAAAACCAAACCAAAAGAUAAAAGUCCUAAUCGAGAACGUGAAAAAGAACGAUAUUCAACGGCACCAUCAUCAGCAGCGGCAUUAAUUGCUGAAACAAAUAAUGAAUUUGCAGCGAAAACAAAACCAAAAAUUAAAUCUAUUGCAAAUUUACCGAAUAAAUAUUCAAAUUCUAAUCCAUCUGAUAAUGAUGAUAAUGAAGAUGAUGAUGAUGAACAUCAAAGAAAACAUGAUAAACGAAGUAAAAGAAGUGGUAGUAGUAGUAGUAGAACACGUGAUUAUCAUCGAAAAUAUUCACCGGAUGAAAAUCGUAGCCGACGUUAUCGACGAUCAUCAUCAUCAUCAUCAUCAUCGACAAAAAGUCGUCGUAAAGAUUAUGAACAACGUAGAAGAUCAAGAUCAAAUUCUACUGGUCAUCAUCAUCAACGAAUGCGUUCACGAAUACAACAUGAUGAUUUCAUGUUUUAGGAAAUUAUUAUUCUGUGAAAUGAUUGCAUCUUUUUUCAUUAUUAUUUUUAAAAGCAAAUUUGUUUUUAUAUUAGUUGAUCAUUUGAUUUACGACGAAAACA